AUGACUGGUCGUUCGUUCUAUUCCGAUCAAAGUAGCGUGAAUCCAUUACCUGUUGGAGAGGAUGUCAAUUCUCAUCAGGAGAAAUCUGAAUCUUCUUCAAACGUCAUAUAUGUUGAUGGUAAGGUGAUCAAUACACACCCAGCAUUGGAGACCUACAGCAGAGAGACCAGAACUUGGAUUUCCGACAAGGCAUCUUCUUGGACAGAUAUUUUUAACUCCUAUAAAGCUCGGGCGGCUUUCCAGUUAGCCAAAGCUGAUUCACAAUAUCACCAGAUUAUUCUAGAGCCUUUGCUUCCGCAGUCUUUGUACGUGAUUACGGCUACACUUACCGGCUCUAUACUAGCAAGAAGACGAUCUUUAUCUAUGAGAUUUAUUUCUCCCAUUUUAUUUGGCAUUGUGUCGUUUGGCUUAUUCAUGCCAAAGUCUUCUACCAACUGUUCUCAAUUAUUCAUCAACUUAGAAGCCGAGCGUUUCCCUGAUCUCAAGAAAAUGCAGGACGAGGCCAGUACUCAGGUCCAUCAUAGCUUUAAUUCUUUCACCAACGAGAUAAAGUCUCUACAACCAAAACUCACUGAAGUUGUCAAGAACUCCAGAGAGGCUGUCGAGAACUGGGCCAGAAAGAAAUAG